CUUUCUGAGAGGCUGAUCAGCGACGCACAGCCGAAGAUCUUCAUUCGUCUAGCUUCAGCGUUGUUCGGAAGUAUCGAAAGAGUUCUGCAUACAAGCCUGCGCAACGGGGCACCGUCACCUUGACUUGGUAGAAGUCGCUCUGCACAAUGGCAGGCUAUGGCUACCCUCAAUCAGCUCGCUGGCCACAAGACCGCAGAACCGCGAGCCAGACCGGCCUCAUUGACGCCCAUUCUAGCGAGAAAGAAUAUAUCCCCCAGACGACACGAGGCUUCUAUGACCAGCCAGGCCAAUACUCGUCGGGCUCCGUGCUUCCACCACGAGGCUCGCCGAUGGAGAAGUACGGAGCAGGCUAUAUGUCACCGCAGAGCUCCUCUGGGGUCACGCGAUACGGUCCCGCUCGUCCAGGGACGCGACAGAAGAAGAGAAUAUGGAGCUCGCCUUGGUGCAAGUUCGGUCUCCCUUUGCUCGUAGUCGCCAUCAUUGUCGCUGCCGCCCUCGCAGGUUACUUUGCUAGUAGAGCGUCCUCAGACGAGCACAAGAGCAGUACGGUCAAGAAUAGUGCGGCAAACGCGCCUACUGCGACGAAUAGCAACGGACAGCCGGUCUAUCCUUCUUCCACGGCCACGCCCGUUGCGCCAUCCUUCUCGUCUGACAGCAGCUUAGCAUGUUCUGACGACGACUUUACGCCAACGUCAGGCGGCGCGACAUAUCAAGUUCGUGAGGCGCAACCGCGUCUCUUCGCGACGACCGGCAAAUGGUCGUGCGUACAGAGGCUCAGCGCAACGGAUCCAUACCUUUCAUCGUGGAAUCAGACCAUCUUUGCAAACGCAACAGCCUUUGCUGCCAUGACGCCGACCAAUUACUCGAUCGACGGUGGUCUGGACGGUUCAGGCGUGCUCGAUGUCGCGCGAGAGGUCCAGCUGCGGAUGAAGCACUGGGGAUAUGCAUAUCGCAUGUCAAAUGACUCUUCGUGGGCUACUCGUGCUUGGGAAGAAAUCCUCGUCGCGUCUGGCAAUUCGACGAGCCAGUACUUUGGCAUCACAGGCGAUAAUUGGAACACGCAGCAUUUCCUAGACGUUGGCGAAUUCACAGCUGCUUUCGCGUACGCCUACGACUGGUUCUACGACGCAUGGACGGAAGAUCAGCGUACAGCCAUCAUGUGGUCGAUCUUGUCGCUGGGUAUCUCCAAGGGUAUCACUGCUCACGGGACAAACCCUGCAUGGUGGACGACGACGAACGGCAACUGGAAUUGUGUCUGCAAUGGUGGUCUCAUUCUCGGCGCGCUCGCCAUCCUCAACGAGGACCCAACCGGCCAAGCGCAACAGCUGCUAGCCGCAGCCAUACCCAAUGCUCAAGACAACUGUCUCCAGGCGGUUCAAGACGAUGGCACGUGGUCUGAGACGUCUGAUUAUUGGUACUUUGGCACGAACGGCCAUGCUCAGAUGACUGCCGGUCUCAUCUCUGCCACCGGCAGCGAUCAAGGCAUGCUGUCGAUGAAUGCCAACUAUAACAACACCGGACUGUUCCAUAUGUAUGGCUCCGGCUUUGUGGAGAAAUUCAAUUACGGCGAUUGUGGACCGAACAAAUACACUGCUACCGCCAACGGCAUGAUGCUUUACGGCAAUCACUAUGACAUCCCCACAUAUGCACUUUACCAACGCGAUCGCAGCGAUGCAGCAGAGCCGUUAGCUAUGUUUUACUACAACGCACAAGCGACCGGCGACUGGUUCUACAACCUUGCUCUCGAUCACUAUUUCCCAGGCAGCGGACACGCAUGGACAUCAAUGCGUUCCUCAUGGACGGACACGAACGGACUCUAUGUUGCCAUGAAAGCAGGCAAUGCAACCGGCCAUCAAACACAUGGCAAUCUAGAUGCGGGCGACUUUGUCCUCGAGGCCUUAGGUCAAAGAUGGUUCGGAGAGCUCUGUCAAGACAAUUAUCUCGAGCCAGGCUACUUUUCGAGUGAAGCACAGACCUCGCUGCGAUGGCUGUACUACCGCUGUCGAACGGAGGGUCAAAACACCCUUCUGCUCGGCGGGGAAAAUCAGCUAGCUGAUGAGGCGCCAGACACCUCGUUUGCGAGCACCGGCGAAGCACAGACUGCGCUCGCAUUCACACUGCCCACAACCUCGACUGCCUACUUUGCAGCCGACCUCACUUCGACCUAUGGCGGCUCAUCCGUCAAGCGAGCCAUGCGUCUCAUCAAUGGUCGCCAGCAAGUCCUCAUACAAGACGAGGUGACCACGACUGGCACGGUCCAAUGGCGGGCACAUACAAACGCGACGAUUUCCAUCUCGUCAGACGGAAAGACUGCAUCGCUCUCACUAGACGGACAGACGCUACAAGCUAUAAUCCAAUCCCCCGAUGCAGCUCAGUGGUCAACUGUUCAGCCAGUAAGGUUGGCGUCCGACCCAGCAUUACCAGCAGGUGGCGACGAUCUGCCAAACCCUGGCGUGACCGUACUUGCUAUCAAUCUACCAGCAGGCACAUAUACCAUCGAGACUGUAUUCAACCCGCAGUGGCCGGGCGUCUCGAGCUAUUCGACUCCGCCUUCGGUCGAUAUUUCACAAUGGUCACUCACUUCGCACAACUAGCGCAAUUUCGAAAGAGGAUAGAAGUCCACUUGUUUCACUGUAUCAUCUGCAUUGCAUAGUGUAUCAUCGCUCGUCUAUACUGAUCGCCCGCCUAUGAGCAAUAUGAUGCGCUCGUAUGUCGUAAAGACGAUCCCGCCCGACAGCUGUCAGGAGGCACCGCAGAUCAGCAUGAUGCACUAACAAACUGAAUGGAGA